GUAUACCAGACGACGCUGGCACCACGUGCAAAAAUUUCACAAACCUGCUGUAAGACUGACUGGUGUCGGAGUCUCCAAAAGAGUGCUACAAAUUUUUCUCUAAAUCGUAGAUAAUUUUUGCACUUUUACUAAAUCAAAGCAGCCAUGGCAAUUAAGGGAGCGAAGAAGCAGAAGGGCACAGCACAAAUUGCAGAACAGAAGAGUGCCAAGAAAGCUAAGAAGGUUAAGCCAGUCAAGAAACAGGAAUCUUCAGAGGAAGAAGAGAGUAGUGAAGAGGAAGAAGAAAUGGAAGUGAUGCAACAGCUGAAGCCAGCCAAGAAAACGCCGGCCAAACAAGCAGCGGCCAAGAAAACGCCCAAAAAGCCAACACCCAAGAAACCACCACCAAAGCCCGAAGUAGUUGAAGACGAUGACGACGAUGAAGAAGAUGACAGCAGCGAGGAAGAAGAGGAACCUCCCAAGAAAGUCACCAAGGCCACACCCAAGGCCACGCCCAAGACCAAAAAGCAAGCUCCGCCCGCUGAAGAUGAGGACGACGAGGAUGACGAUGACGAAGAAGACGACAGUGAAGAAGAAGAUGACAGUGAGGAAGAAGAGGAACCUCCCAAGAAGGUGACCAAGCCUGCCAACGGGAAGGCCAAGCAGCAAGUACCGAUGGAGGAAGAUGAUGACGACGAUGAUGAGGAUGACAGCGAUGAGGAUGACAGCGAUGAGGAAGAAGAGGAGGAAGAGCCAACAAAAGUCCAACAGGUCAAGGGUUCGAAGGCCGCUGCGAAGAAGGCUGAAGAAGAGGAUGAGGAUGAUGAUGACAACGAUGAUGAUGAAGACGAUGAUGACGAUGAUGAUGAUGAAGACGAGGAAGAAGAGGAGGAGGCUCCGCCCAUGAAGAAGAAGAAGAUGCCCAGUGGAGAAGCCAAGACGACAAAGACCGUGACCGAAGCUGUCGGGGGAGAAAUCAUUUCUAUCUUCAUCGGGGGCGUCCGAAAGGGCACACCAGACGAGGACGUGGAUGAAUUCUUCACUUCCAACGGUGUGCAGGUCAUGAACGCCAGGGUCAUCCCCAACAAAUCGUUUGCCUACGUUGACGUCACGUCCGAGAAGAUGUUCAAGAAAGCUAUGGAAUUGAACCACCAGCAACUCAAUGGGUCUGAAAUCCGAUUGGAGCGGGGCAAGAGUAAGGGCGACAAGGCCAAGGCAGACAGUGCCGUGAGUUCCGGACCACGAGACAAUUCCAACGACAGGACGCUGUUCAUCAAAGGUCUUAGCUACGACACCACGAAGCAGACACUGCAGGAGAAAUUUGGGUCCUGCAAAGAAGUGCGUAUGCCACUGAAGAAUGGCAGACCCGGAGGGUAUGCUUACAUGGAGUUCGAGGAUGAAGCCGCUGUAGAGAAGGCCAUGAAGGAAAUGCAAGGGGCGGAGAUCGACGGCUGGAAUGUCAUCCUGGAUUACGUCGGAGACAAAAGUCAGAACAAGAGGCAGAGCUCAGGGGCAGGGGGUUCAGGAUUGACUGGGAGCCAGACUCUGCACAUCAAAGGCCUGACGGACGGCGUGACCGAGGAGGAUCUCAAAGAGAAACUAGGAGCCGUUGAAGUACGAAGACCCACCCGACGAGACGAUCCGGGCAGCAAAGCAGACUUUGCCUACGCCGACUUUGAAAGCGAGGAGGCAGCCAAGCAAGCGCUGGAGGACAACCAGGGGGCGACGGUCAAAGACGCUUUCCUGACGUUAGACUAUGCCAGGAGCAAAAAACGCAGUGACUUCGGUGGGGGAGAUCAACAAGUUGACAAGAAGACGCUGUACAUCCGAGGGUUGUCCUGGGAAACAACACAAGAUCGUCUGCAGAAUUUCAUGGGUGCUGACUCGGUCAGAAUACCGUACGAUAGAGAGACAAACCAACCUAAAGGGUUUGCCUAUGCAGAGUACAGCAGUGAGGGUGAGGCUAGCGCAGCAUUAGGCAAACACAAAGGCUCAGAACUCGACGGCUACACAUUAACCAUCGACUACGCCAAGCCACGUACAAGCUUCGGAUCGCCUAGAGGAGGCCGUGGUAGCUUUGGUGGGGGAUUCCGUGGGGGUCGCGGCGGUGGUGGCCGUGGAUUUGGUGGAGGCCGUGGAUUUGGUGGUGGUCGUGGCGGUCGCGGUGGUCGUGGAGGCCGAGGCGGUGGCUUCAGAGGUGGUCGAGGCGGCCGAGGAGGUGGCUUUGGCGAUUUCAAAGGAAAGAAGACGACCUUUGACUAAAUGUGACCUGUGACCUUAUGACCCUUGCUGCAUCUGUAUCCCGAAUGCGUAAUUUUUAUUUCUAGAAUGGUUAGGGCCAAUUCGUGAAUAAUUCAGUAGUUUGGAUGGAAGAAUUAUGUUUAUUCAUGAGAACAGAACAAUGACAUCAACAGCGUUAUCGCUAUUUAGUCAACCAGUUACAUUAAAGCAUUUUAAAGAACGGUUGUCGUCGAGCUACCACACAGUAGCCUAGUGGAUAGCGAGACGAGCUAUGGAUACAAAGAUCCCUGGUUCGGAUCCACGUCGAUUUAAUUUAAAGAAAAAAAGAGAACAAGAACCUAUGUCUUGCAAUGAUUCAAAGGAAACCACUGAAUUAUUCAUGACAUUGUCCCUAACCCUCCUGGGAAAAAUAAACGCUGCCUGAAUAUUAACAAAGCUCAUUCCUUCUGCGCUCUAAAUGUGGAAAGAAAUUGUAAUUAAAAAAAAACCAAUAUCUUUUAACUUCUGAUGGAAGGUUUUAGAUUCAUUUCGGGAUUUUAAUACUUUUUGGAGAAUAGAGGUCUCCGAUUAUGAGUUUUUUACUCUGAGCUUUUGUUAAUAUCGAAGACUAAAAACUGGUAAUUGUUUUACCCGUUUUAUUUGAUUUGAUGUAGGGCACUUAGCUUCCCCCAUGUUUUUCUUCAUUAAUGAUGCAAAUACAUAAUGUAUAAAUGUUUGUGAGAACUCUGGCCAAUUUUUGUCAUGUUGUAUUUUCAGAAUAUCAUUGAAUUAAACUUCUUUUAGCUACAAAGUUGUUCCUGUUCAAUUCGAAUUUAGACGCAUUUAAAUCCUAAAUGCAUUUGUGAAUUCAUUCUUUCUUGAAUAUUAAACAUUUUCAUCAACUGUUUCUUUUUUAGUUCAUUUAAUUUCAAACUGGAUGUUAGCUACGCCGUAAUUGUUUUGUUUUUAAUGUCUUCGUUUGAUUUCCUUUUACUCAAGUUUUUACUUUUAAUUCUGUUGACAAAAUCGUUAACUUUUGUUUACCACUUUUGGAAAGGUUAUGUACAUAAAACGAUUUGAGAUCAUCAUGGUUACAAAAAAACUACUUUUUGGUUUUAAUAAAAUUACACAUAACAACACA